AUGCGCAUUGAGGAAGGCUUUCAAAUCCCCCCUUACAAGGAGGAGAACGUCUAUACGUCAGACCCUGUUCUCCGAGGCAUACUUAAGAGGACAUUACCCCCAAGUGUCUUUGAAGAAAUCAACCAAGACCUGGUUCGAUUCGGCAAUGAGGUCCUCACUUCCAUUCGAGACAUGGGCACGAAAGUGACACCACCAAAUCUCGUCCAAUAUGAUCAAUGGGGGCGCAGAAUCGACGAUCUACAAACCAGCGAGGGUUGGCGGGGCCUGAAAGCCAUAGCCCAGAAAGAAGGCAUGCCUGGGAUAUUCUACGAGAGGACAUACGGAGAACAUAGUCGCUCGUACGGGUUUGCGAAGGUGCUUCUCAUGAGUGGUGACUCCCACAUGGUAUUCUGCCCCCUCAGUAUGUCUGAUGGCGCCGCUCGAGUGAUCGAGUUAGCUGGCUCACCCGCAAUGAAAGAGCACGUACUACCGAAGCUCAUCAGUCGUGAUCCACAAGUUGCCUUCACCGCUGGGCAAUGGAUGACUGAGCGGCCAGGCGGGUCUGAUGUAUCUCUUACGGAGACCAAGGCAGCGUACAGUGGGCAAAGUGGACAAUUUGGGCCAGUUUAUCAUCUGGACGGUUUCAAGUGGUUCUCGAGUGCUACCGAUAGUGACAUUUCUGUCGCGCUGGCCCGCACGGGUUCUCUGCAAGAUGGUUCGAGGGGAUUGUCUCUGUUUUUGGUUCCCCUGCGGCUUCCUCUGCUUCGCCAGCCUUCUGAUGCCAAACCAUCAGCUAUCAGCAACAACAUCUUCGUUCACAGGCUAAAGAAUAAAUUUGGCACCAUCCCCGUACCAACGGCUGAACUGUCUCUUCAAAAUACAGAGGCCUAUCUCAUCGGUAACCAAAAUCAGGGGGUCAAGCAAAUUACCCCUGUUCUCAACAUCACUCGAUUGUAUUCUGCUACCGGGACUGUGGGUGGACUUCGCAAAUGUCUUUCUAUUGCCACUGCGUACGCUCGCGUUCGCGCCAUUCAUCAGGGCACACAGCUUCUGCAAGAUAACCCCCUACAUGUCGCGGGCUUAGCGUCUAUCAACCUCGUGUAUCGCGCUCUUGCUCAUCUCUCCUUCGGCGCAGUCAGACUACUCGGCAAAUCGGAAUGCGGUGUUGCUACUCAAGACGAACUAAACAGAUUGAAGAUGCUCACACCCACGGCGAAGGCCUUUGUUGCCGAGCAUGCCGCCACUGCUAUGGAGGAUGCGAUGGCCUGCCUUGGUGGAGCUGGUUAUAUGGAAGAGAACGGGUUUGGCCGCCAAAUCCGGGAUGCCUUGGUUGAGAAGAUAUGGGAAGGCACUACGAACAUCCUUGCCCUGGAUAUCGUUCGCGCGGCGAGAGACCCCUCCGUCGUAUUGUCGUUUGUCAACUGGGGUAAAGGAGUAAUCGCUUCUUGCCCUGAAGCUUUGGCUGCCGGGUAUAAAGAAGCGUUCGAUAUUCUACGACCUGCCUUAGAUGAGCUGAUCGACGCGUACAAGCAACCAGUGCCCUCCCUCAUGCCCCGAGCUGGCCUCUUCGUGGUGGGACAUGUUGCAUCAAGCGUGUACCUCCUCGAGCAAGCCAUUUGGUCCAAUGCGGUCAAUGACAGCCAGAAACAUGUGGAUUCUGAGGUGUUCAACCGUUGGGUCAUAGAGGGGGGCUUAACAAAGGCUCUUACAGAUUUAACUCGGGCAAGGAACGCACGUUCAGACCGCUUGGAAUCCAACUAUUCUAUCGUAUUCGACGAGCAACCAUUGAAAGGGAAAUUGUAA